CUCGAGAACCAUCAAGACACGGAUUACAAGAUUAUAGGAAGCAAUAAUAUUAUCAUAACCCGUCGCAAGUGGAGUUGGAGUAUGACCGACAAAGACCAUACCAAGCUGCUCCUGGCAAAUACCCUCCACGAGCCCGACUGGGCAGACCACUGGGACGAGUACUUUCGGAACCGCGGCGAGAUCAACAUUCGCACGUGGGAGGCGUACGGCAUGCUGGCCAAGCAUCGUGAAGAAAAGGUCGCUAAGCAGGGCCUCGAUCAGGGUGCGGUGCCCAAAUGCGAGGCGGGAUGCGAGAUGGAAUGUCGAGACAUUAAGAAGACGCCUGUGGCUGCUGAGAUAAAGAAGUGGCUCAAGAAAUGAAGAUGGGAAUCUUCUUUUCUACUCUUUUCGAGCGUUUGGGGUAGGGUUGGAGUUUGAAAUGAAGCUUUGCUUUCAAUUGCUUUUGAGACAUUCAUAGCCGCUUUGAACAGCGGCAAAUAGGGUUCUUUUCCUUUUUCCUAUUUUUUUUCAUUUCUUCUUUGACUUCUUUUCUUCUUCUAAAACUAAGGCGGGUAUCAGGAUGGAUGGCUAUUUGGUAUCGAAGGGCUGCUAGGUAUUUGCAGUUUUUAUUCAGUCAAGGGCACUUUCAAAUUGGCGAUUUGCGUACAGAUGGAGAGCGGCUUUUCUCUUUUCUUUCUAUUAGUUUAGUAUCUCAAAAGUUAUACCAGCACCAAGGUGCAUUCGCAGAUGGCAAUUGAAUUGAAUUAUACCCAAACAUGGAGUUUCCAUAUCUCAUGUGUCUCUCGGUUACUAUACCACACCACACAUAAAUACGUUGCCUAAAUGUCUACACUAUCUAGGACAAGGAGCAUAAAGAACUCUACAAGGGUAAAAUAAAUAAGAACAAUUACAGUAAUUUAUUCCACCGAGUUGAAAAAUCUCAACUUCUCUUUUUCGCAUGCUAAAAUGCCCUUGAUUCUAAGAACCCCAAUGGUUUCAAGCCCUUCCAAUCCGGAGCAUUUCCUAAGCACUGCGCCAUC